AUGACCUCUACGACCACGGCCACCAGUACUGUGAGUAGUGGCAGUGAGUCCAGCACGCUGACAGGGACGUCCAGCAGCCAGACCAGUCCGACCACUGUCACCAGUACGACCACCACCACCAUGACCACUACCACCGAGACCAUCACACCCACGGCCACGGUCAGCUUCACCGUGACCAGCUCCAGCGCGACCGCCAGCACUGUGACGAGCACCACUGAGACCAGGACGCUCACAGCUACCAGCACGGUAACCAGCACCAGCAGGACGAGCACACCUACGGCCACGAGCAGUAGUCAGACCAGUUUAACGACUGCGAGCGAAAGCAGCAGCACGAGCCGGACGACGCAGAGCAGCAGCACGAGCGUGAGCAGCGCCACUGCGACCAGCACCGUAACAGCUACCAGCAUCACAGGCACUACAGGAACAAGUUCCAGUAUGACCAGCACGCCCAGCACCACGAGCACGAGCCGUACCAGCACGCUCACAGCCACCAGCACGGUAACCAGCACCAGCAAGACGAGCACCCUUACUGCCACGAGCAGUAGCCAGACCAGUUUGACGACUGAGAGCGAUAGCAGCAGCACGAGCCAGACGACGCAGAGCAGCAGCACGAGCAAGACCAGCACGAGUACAGCCACGAGCACCAGCCAGACCAGUCCUACCACUGCCACCAGCACGACCACCACCACCACCAUGACCAGCACCACCGACACCACACACUCACGGCCACGGUCAGCUUCACCGUGA